GUACCAACCAGCACAGUAGGUGGGGGUGGUCAACGUGUACUGAUGUCCGGGUGGCUGGCAGGGGCUCGGGAUGCCUCCAAUGUAGUAUGGCAGGCAACCGGGGAAAUGUAACGACUCCCAGUGAUACUCCCGGCCUGGGGGCCCUCUCCGGUCACGGGGAGCAGACGCGCCCCCUGCAGCCAGAAGAAACUCACUCCUACAGACAGGAGAACGAACUGCAGGUGCUGGAGGCCAUCUAUGGGCAAGAUUUCACAGAUCUCCGGAGAACUUCUGUGUGGAAGGUACAACAACCUCCAGAAGUUACUCUUGCUUUACGUCCUCAGGUUAAUGAGUGUCAUGUGAAACUGGAUCUAUGGGUGAAGUGUCCAGAAACAUACCCUGAUGUGCCACCAGAAAUUAAACUUAAAAAUGUGAUGGGUUUGUCAAAUGAAAAUGUCACUUCUCUGACAUCUAGUUUGAAGGAGCUGGCUACACAGCUGUGCGGAGAGGUAAUGAUUUAUCAGCUGGCAGACCACGUUCAAUGUUUUCUAACAGAACAAAACAAGCCACCAACUAAAUCAUUUCAUGAAGAGAUGCUGAAGAACCUUCAGAGGCAGCAAGAGAAAAUCGCAUUGGAGGAACAGAGAAGGGUUCAUGAGCUUAAGAGGAAAGAAGAGCAGACAAGGAGAGAAAUCCUUGAUGAAAUCCAAAGGAGGGAAGAGGAGAAAAAGGAAGAGAAACGGAGGCAAGAGAUUGCCAAAUUGGAGAGACUUGAAAGUGCCAACCAGACAUGUCAGGAAAAUUCUGUAAAAAUUAAUAACAUCGCAGGACCUAAAACCCUAACAACUAAUGGAAAUCUACCAGAACACGGAGGACACAACAGAACUCGCACUACCUCUGCUGGCAGAUCAAAGCGAGAUCGACAGUACUCUGUGUGUAGUGAUGACAGUGCAGCUUCCUAUGAGGUGCUGACAUUUGACAUUGGUGGUCCUGGUCAAUUAGUUGUGCACAGAGGGAAAUGUCUGGGAAAAGAUGAACAGCUCGGUAAAUCUAUAUACAAUGGUUUGGAAAUGGUAACUGGCGAUUUUGUCAUAAUCUAUGAAUGGGUGCUUCAGUGGCAAAAAAAGAUGGGCAAGUUCCUCACAAACCAGGAAAGAGACAAAGUUGACAAAUGCAAGAAACAGAUUCAAGGUACAGAGACUGAAUUCAGCUCCCUCACCAAGCUUAAUCAUCCCAAUAUCGUGCGUUAUCUUGCCAUGAGAGUGAUAGAGAACGAAGAUUCAAUUUCUGUCGCCAUUGUGGUUGAACAUGUAAAUGGGAAUAAACUUUCCAGCUUCCUUGAACAGGAGGUUCCGGUUUCUGUGGACCAGCUUCGACAUUACGCAUCUGAGCUUUUAUCUGCUUUGGAUUAUUUGCACAGUAAUUCCGUGGUACACAAGGUAUUAUGCGCCUCUGGCGUCCUGGUGACCAGCGACAGGAAAGUCAAACUAACCGACUAUAGCCUUUCCAAACGCCUGGCAGACAUCUGCAAAGAAGAUGUUUUUGAGCAGACCAAAGUCCGUUUCAGUGAGGACGCCCUGCCAAGCAAAACUGGCAAGAAGGGCGAUAUAUGGAAACUUGGCCUCCUGCUGUUGUCACUUAGUCAGGGAAAGGUGGUUAGAGAAUAUCCAGUCAAAGUACCUAGUGAGCUGCCAGCUGACUUCCAGGAUUUUCUCCAAAAUUGUGUGUGUCUGGAAGACCAGGAACGGUGGAGUGUGCAACAAUUGUUGGGUCACAGCUUCAUAAAUACUCCUCCACAGUGUUCGCUCACAGAGGACAGCCCAGAAGAUUACACAGGAGUAGACUGCACAGAGACUGUCAUUCCCUGUGCUUCUGUUUCAAAUGCUUUAUUCCACAUAGAAUCACAGAGGCAAUUUUCUCGCUACUUUAAUGAGUUUGAAGAACUACAGAUGCUGGGUAGAGGUGCCUUCGGGGCUGUUAUCAAGGUUCAAAAUAAGCUGGAUGGCUGCUACUAUGCAGUAAAACGAGUUCAGAUUAACCCUGCCAGCAAGCAGUUCAGGAGAAUUAAAGGCGAGGUGACAUUACUGUCUAGACUGAACCAUGAGAACAUAGUGCGAUACUACAAUGCCUGGAUUGAGAAGCAUGAACUCCCAUCUUCUGCUGCUCCUAAAUCUCCUGCAAUAUGUGGAGAGAAGAAGGUGCAGAUAAAGACAGAACAGUCUGCAAAGAAUGAACUUGGACUGAUAGAUGAUGUGGAAGCCAAUGCUCCAGCCCCAAUUAUGAGCAGCUCUGUUGAGUGGAGUACCUCCUGUGAGCGGUCCUCCAGUGCCCAUUGUAACACCUCUGAUCAUGAUUCCAGUGAUGAGGAUGAUGAUGAAGAGGGCGUCUUUUCACCAUCUUUCUUGCCAGGAUCGGACUCUGAUAGUGAAAUUAUUUUUGAAAAUGAGGAUGAAAACAGUCCUGAUCAGGUUGAAGAGUGUGUUGAAGGCAAAGCAGCAGAGCACAAAGAAUUGCUCUUCAAAGUGGCUGUGCAUUACCUCUACAUUCAGAUGGAAUACUGUGAAAAAAGCACUUUACGGGAUACUAUAGAUCAAGGUUUAUAUCUGGACACCAGUCGUCUUUGGAGGCUCUUUCGAGAGAUUUUAGAUGGCCUGGCCUACAUCCAUGAACAGGGGAUGAUUCACAGAGAUCUAAAACCUGUUAACAUCUUCUUAGAUUCAGAAGAUCAGGUGAAAAUAGGAGAUUUUGGUCUGGCCACAGAUCACCCAGCCUAUGUAACUGACUCAACACAAGAAGAGGACCAAGAUCGCACUGACUUUGUUAAAGUUGACCCUGAAGGAAAACUCACUGGAAUGGUGGGUACAGCCUUGUAUGUGAGUCCAGAGGUCCAAGGGAGCACCAAAGCUUCUUAUAACCAGAAAGUGGACCUCUUCAGUCUGGGAAUCAUAUUGUUUGAGAUGUCAUAUAGACCUAUGGAUACAAGCUCUGAGAGGAUUUCAGUAUUAAGCAUGUUAAGACAGUCUUCCAUAGUAUUCCCACAUGAUUUUGAGAAACCAGAGACAGAGAAGCAGAGAAAAGUUAUCACUUGGCUCUUGAACCAUGAUCCUGCAUCUCGUCCUACGGCUAUGGAACUCUUGAAAUGUGACCUUCUGCCACCACCUCAGCUUGAAGAGUCUGAACUUCACGAGGUGCUUCACCAUACCUUGGCCAAUAUAGACGGAAAGGCCUACCGCACAAUGAUCAGUCAAAUUUUUGCCCAGCGCAUAUCACCUGCAAUGGACUACACCUAUGACAGUGAUCUAUUUAAGGGUGGUUUCUCUGCCCGUUCAGCUAGAGUCCAUCAUCAUGUGUGUGAGACGGUCUGUCGAGUGUUUAAAAGACACGGAGCAGUAAAGCUGCAUACACCUUUGUUAAUGCCUCGGAGCAAAAUGGUGUCUGAAAGUGGUGAAUCAGCCUGUUUUAUGGACCAUAGUGGCAUGCUAGUAACACUUCCGUAUAAUCUCAGGAUUCCUUUUGCACGAUAUGUUGCAAGAAAUAAUGUAACUAACUUUAAAAGGUACUGUAUUGAGAGAGUCUUUAGGCCACGGAAACUUAACCGCUGUCACCCAAAGGAACUUACUGAAUGUGCAUUUGAUGUGAUUACCUCAUCUGUGAACAGCUAUCUGCCUAUUGCAGAGACCAUCUACACAAUAUAUGAGAUAAUUCAGGAAUUUCCAGUGUUACAGGAAAGAAAUUACAGUAUUUAUUUAAACCACACAUCCUUAUUGAAAGCCAUCCUCCUUCACUGUGGUGUUCCAGAAGAUAAGCUUAUCCAAGUGUACACUAUUCUUUAUGAUGCCAUGAUUGAAAAACUUACUAAAAGAGAAGUGGAAGCCAAAUUUUGUAACCUAUCUCUUUCUCAGGACAAUUUCCAAUUGAAUAGACUUUAUAAGUUUAUUGAGCAGAAAGGAGAGCUCCAUGAGCUGGAGGCAAUGAUGGCCUCUCUGACAAAGCAGAAAUCAGGGGUUGGCAUCCUGGCAAAGCAAGGCCUGAAAGACCUGGAGGAAAUCAUUGGACUAGUUAAGAGGCUGGGCAUUAAGCUUCAGAUGGUGGUAAAUUUCGGCCUGGUGUACAAGAUGCAGCAGCACAAUGGGAUUGUGUUUCAAUUUGUGGCAUUCAUCAAACGCCGACAGAGGACCAUCCCUGAGAUCCUGGCAGCUGGGGGGAGAUAUGACCAUCUGAUUUCCCAGUUUCGAGGGCCUCAGACUGGAUCUGCCAUUCUACCCUGUGCUGUUGGCAUUAGUAUUGCUAUAGACAAGAUUUCCGCUGCUCUGUCCAAUGCUGAGGAAAAUGUAACCGUCAGCAGCUGUGACUUGCUUGUUGUGAGUGCUGGGCAGAUGUCUGUAAACAGGGCAACUGGAAUAAUUCAGAAGCUAUGGGCGGCAGGCAUUACAGCCGAGAUAAUGUAUGACUGGUCUGAGUCACAGGAUGAGCUGCAAGAGCAUUGCAGGAUAUCUGGGAUCACUCAUGCUGCCAUUGUCUCAGAUAAAGAAGGAAAUCACGUCAAGCUGAAGGCAUUUGAAAAGGAAAGGCAGAGCGAGAAGAGAAUAUUGGAGUCGGAUCUGGUAGAUCAUCUUUUGCAGAAGCUGAGGAUCAAAGUGCUGGAUGAGAGAAAUAACAGGGAAGUGUUGGACACCAUGUCUGGUCAGAAUGUGAAAGGCACUUUCGCCAGCUCACAGAGUCAGUUUGAGCAGCACAGCAGUAGCAUGGUCCCGAAUGUCAGUGUCAUCGCUCCAGAAAGGUUAUCUGCCAGCGCACGACGCCGUUAUGAAACCCAGGUUCUUUCAAAACUUCAAACUUCCAUAACAAUCUUUCAGCAAAGAAAUACGGAGAUUGAAAUUCUGGCAGUUGAUCUACCAAAGGAAACAAUACAAAGUUUGCUAUCACUCGAGUGUGGCGAUGAACAUAUUUUCCAUGCAUCUAUGAAGCGGCUCAUGGCUAGACUGCCAAAACAAAGAUAUCUGAAGCAGAUAUUUGAUGAGAUUUACACAAUCAAAAUAGAAAAGAGGGUGCCGGUGCUUGUGCUAUAUAGUUUUCAAGAUGAUUACUACAAGAUCCUCUUCUAGUUUUCUCCUGCCUUUGAAGAAUGUUAUUACUGUAACUUUUCCCAACCUGGAGGAC